UGUGGGACCUGGCAGUUCCGUGCUCCCGAUUCCGGGGCGGAGGACACUGGCUUCUGUAGGCGAGCCUGAAAAUUCACGGUAGCCACAGGUGCCACGUGGGGUGUCCUAGGAAAGUCACCUGUCAGCAGCGGAGUGGCGGGAACCGCAGCCCGGCGGCGCUGGAACCUCCCAGGUCAGAGGAGCUGCGGGGCUGGGAACUGCGAGAACCGAGCAGGGUUGUGCUCGCUGAGGCUGCUCUUAAAGGACGCCACUCUCACACUUCUGUCGUGGGAAUCUUAACCAUUGUCUGGAAGUUUGGGAUCCUAUGAACUAGGACUCAUCCUGAUUUUUUUUUUUGAUUUAUGUUAUUGUUGUGAGAAUAUUUUCAUAAAAUAACCUGGUAGAGCGUUUGCAUUGUAUGCUGUCUACCAAACAGGGUUCUCUUUGCUAUCAUUGCAGCCGUUACAAAGCUCUUGAAAUUUAAAUUCAUGCGUGCAUUCCCUAGGACUAGGCACCCAGAGAGCUUUGUAGGUUUUAGUCACAUGAGGAACCAGUGCAGGUUUGGUUGAAUCAGAAAAUACACUGUGACAGGAUCAAGACAGAGCAGAGGUUCUUCCAUCUUGUAUUCUUGCUGAAGCUGUUUCCAGGGUUAACUCGAAUUUGAUUUCCUUGAUGAAGAAUCCCAUGGAAAACUACCCAGCUCUAUCCGAGGAACCAAAGGUCAGGAUGUCCUACCUAACCUUUCUGAUUUAGCCUUUGUUAAAACUGUGGAGAACCUUCUCCAGAUGACCUUUCACCCCAGCUCUUUAGGGAGGGUAACGUCCUAUCUGAGCUCCUGUUAAAAAACUGCUUGCUUCAAACUGCGGAUACUGCAGAAGUUCCCCUGUAACUGCCAAGCAAGACACCUACACCUAGGCCUCUGCCCUUAAAAAUCCCAUGUUCUGGAUGCAUGGAGCCUCGCCUAGGACCCUGAACACUUGGGUAUGGUCUCAGAUGACUGGAAUAAAUGGAGUCUGUUUUGGGUUGGCUACAAACUGUUCGAGUGCUAAUCUCUGGUGGGCUACUCAUAACAAUACUUUAUCAAGUUCUGCAACAAUGAUUGUGAACACUAACUUUUACAACGCAAACUUUAACCCCUACUAAUUUAACAUCUGAAAGGUAUGCACUCUCUGGUGCACAUGCAGCAUCCACAAAUGUAUCCUCAUAUGCUUAGAUAUUAAUGUUAUAAGCCCUCUAUGGAUGUUGUGGGUUAAUAUCAGCCCACACUAUUUUAUAGUUAGAACACUCAAUACAGGUGAAAACAAAGGUAGAAAGCAUUUUUUUGAAUAUUUAUGCUCACUCACUUAGAUCAGAAAAAUGGCCCCAUAGUUCAAGGAAAGCACUCUGUCCAUGCAGAUGUGACUAAAUAGUUAUUUUUUAUUUCACAGUUUGUUGACAUGCUGUGCUGUGACUGUGGGCUUCUUUCUUGCAGGAGGAGUGGGAAUGCCUAGACCCUGCUCACAAGGCUCUAUACAGAGAUCUCCUGUUGAAGAAACACAAGAGUCUGGUUUCUGUGGGUGAAAAAAAAAAUUUUUUUUUUCAGUCUCCUUUCUCCUGCUCAGGGUUCCUGGGAAAACUACUCUGCAUGUAUGGAAGCUGUGUGUGAAAGAGUCUCGCCUCUCAGAGAGUAAAGUGAAAUCCUCAGAGAAAGACAUUUUACCUGGUAUUCUCGCUCCUUUUGCAGGUGUCAGCAUCUUUCAUGUUUGUUCCAUGGAAAGUUCCAGGUGCUUUUUGAAGAACGGCUUUCCCUUAUGCAGGUCUUCCACUGCUCAACCAGUCCUGCUCACCUGUCAGUUAGAACCACGAGCCCUGGCUGGUGUAGAGAGAGGAGACGGUGGCAAAGGCUCCAGGUGUGCAGGAGUCACUGAGGAGGAGGUGAAGGGGAGGGACUCGAGCGACAGCAGAAGAAGAACUGGAAGUUGGCUUUGCCACAUUCUGUUUCAUUCAGUCUGAUUCUAGAUCAUUCCACUGAGGAUAACCUCGGGAUCAUCCUAUUGUAGCUUGUUACUUUUGACACCUUGAUGUGAAUUAUCAAGAAGAGUGCCAGUCUUUGUUCCUGAGACUGAGAAGAGCAACCGAAAGAAUGGAUGGUUCUCCUGUAAAUCCACCACAGAGUUUGUUGACAUUCAGCAAUGUGUCUGUGGACUUUUCCCAGGAGGAGUGGGAAUGUCUAGACUCUUCUCAAAGGGCUCUUUACAUGGACGUAAUGUGGGAGAAUUACAGCAAUCUAGUUUUUAUAGAGAACCAUUGCGUAUGUGGUAAAUACGAGAAAGCCUUGGAUCAAGGUUCAAAGCAUAUUGUGCAUCAACAUGUGAAUACCCAAGAGAACUCUUACAAUUGUUAUAAGCUUGGCAAAAUGAUUCAUAAAUCCUUCCAAGUUGUGCCUGAUAACACAAGUGAUGCUACAGAAAACUGCAAGGAGUACAGGAGUGGUAACCAGAGUGAUGCCUCUAAUAAAUCAUCAGACCCUAAGGGAUAUAAAAGUGGGAUCACCGCAGAAGAACAAUAUAAAUAUAAAAAUUAUGGGGAGUGUUUAAAUUUGUGUCCUAUCAUUAGCCAAUAUCAACGAAUCCAGACUGGAAAGAAAGAACACAAAAAUACAGAGUAUGAUGAAGUUUUUAACUCUAAACAUAAAUUAAAGGUGAAACAAAUCCAUAGGGGAGAAAAACCAUACCAAUGCAGGAAAUGUGGGAAAUGUUUCAGGACCUAUUUGAGCCUCCGUAGACAUCAGAGACCUCAUCCUGGAGAGAAACACUACAAGUUUACAGAAUGUAGCAAGUCCUUUCUCUAUUUGUCACACCACAAAGUACAUUACAAAAUCCAUUAUGGAGAGAAAUCCUACAAAUGUACAGAAUGUGGUAAGUGCUUUUAUCAUUCAUUGGGACGUCAUACUGGAGAGGAGACUUACAAAUGUAAUGAUUGUAGAAAACCCUUCAUCUGCUACUUAGGUCUUAAAAAACAUCAGAAUAUUCAUGGAGGAGAGAGGCCUUAUGAAUGUAAACAAUGUAGUAAGUCCUUCUAUACAUUGUCACACCUUGAAUACCAUUACAGAACCCACAGUGGAAAGAAACUUUACAGAUGUAAUGAAUGUGGUAAAUCCCUUUCCACCUCCUCAGGUCUUCAAAGACAUCAAAGAAUUCAUACAGGAGAGAAAUCUUAUAUAUGUGGUGAAUGUGACAAAUGCUUUAUCCAGAAAUCCCAGCUUAAAACACAUCAAAAAACUCACACAGGAGAAAAAACUUACAAAUGUAGUGAAUGUGGGAAAUCCUUUACUGUUGGCUCAUCUCUUAGAAUACAUCAAAGAAUUCACACGGGAGAGAAACCUUACAAAUGCAGUGAAUGUCACAAAUGCUUUAUCCAGCAAGCUCACCUUAGAAGACAUCAGAAGACUCAUACAGGUGAGAAACCUUACAAAUGUAGUGAAUGUGAGAAAUCCUUUACCGUUGGCUCAGAUCUUAGAAUGCAUCAGAAAAUUCAUACUGGAGAGAAACCAUACAAAUGUAGUGACUGUGACAAAUGCUUUAUCCAGAAAGCCAAGCUUAAAAAACAUCAGAGAAUUCAUACAGGAGAGAAGCCUUACAAAUGCGCUGAAUGUGAGAAAUGCUUUACUGUUGGCUCAGAUCUUCGAACACAUCAGAAAAUUCAUACUGGAGAGAAGCCUUACAAAUGCAGUGACUGUGACAAAUGCUUUAUCCGAAAAGCCAACCUUAGAAGACACCAGAGAAUUCAUUCAGGAGAGAAGCCUUACAAAUGUAGUGAGUGUGAGAAAUGCUUUAUCCAGAAAGCCAAUCUUAGAACUCAUCAGAGAAUUCAUACAGGAGAAAAACCUUACAAAUGUAGCGAAUGUGGAAAAUCCUUUACCGUUGGCUCAGAUCUUAGGAAGCAUCAGAAAUGUCAUACUGGAGAAAAACCUUACAAAUGCAACGAAUGUGACAAGUGUUUUAUCCGCAAAGCCCACCUGAGAAGACAUCAAAGAAUCCACACAGGAGAGAAACCUUUCAAAUGCAGUGAAUGUGACAAAUGCUUCAUCCAGAAAGCCAAUCUUAGAACACAUCAGAAAAUCCAUACAGGAGAGAAACCAUACAAAUGUAGUUACUGUGACAAAUGUUUCAUCCAGAAAGACCAUCUUAGAACACAUCAGAGGCUUCAUACAGGGGAGAAACCUUACAAAUGUAGUGAAUGUGACAAAUGUUUUGCUGGUGGCUCAGUUCUUAGAAAACAUCAGAAAAUUCAUACUGGAAGAAAUCUUACCAGUGCAGUGAAUUUGGCCAAUCCCUUAUCCAGGAAGCCCACCUUAGAACUCAUCAAAGAGUUGAUACAGGAGAGAAACCUUAUAAAUGCAAUGUAUAUAACAAACUCUUUACCUGUCUCUCAGGUCUAAGAAAACAUCAAGAAAUACAUACUGAAGACACAACUUUCUAUACUAAGUAAUAUGGCAUAUGCUUUAUCUAAACUCUGUCCUUAUGGACCACUACAGCAUCCACUCUAGGGAAUUAUUAUGUGCAUGAGAAAUGUGUGAAAGCCUUUGAGUAAUGUUCUAAUCUUAGGAAACAAAAUCUAGACUUAUUUCAGAAAAAUUCUGCAAAUGUGACUAAUGUAGGAAAUUUUUCAUUAAAAUGUUUUACUUUCUCACUGUCAAAUAAUUCAUAAUGAAUACAAAAUGUCAGGAAUCACUAUGCUUAAUUCCAUUGAAGAAACUUAUACCAGUCUUGCUGUUUAGAAUAAUUGAGCCAGUAAGAUACAAUACAUGUAGAUAUGCCUACAGGUGUGUAGUAUUCUCUGGGUGUCCAGUGUUCAUAAGCUGUAUUUUGUGCUGGUUUGGUAUUUCAUGAUUCAACUAAAGUAGGGCAGAUUGUUUGUCCUCACUGCUCCAGACUUACUAUUAUAGUAGUACAUAGUCCCACAGAAAGGGGCUCAACACCGACAGAAUGUUGAGGAUUAGGGAGCCCAAGAAAGAAGACAACUCUCCCUUGCAUUCAUGAAGGACAGUGAGUGGUCUGCAAUGGGACAAAUGAAAAUAUUAGUGCAAGCCUGUGUUAUUGAAGGACAUCAUCCAAACUGGGCUAUGCUUAUGCAUGAUCGUUAACUCAUGUAUAGACUCCACAAGUCAGUCAGUCUCCAAUAACCCUCAGUACAUUGCUGUCCAUGGGUAAGUACUGAACACAAUUGUACUAUCAUCACAUCCCAUUUUACCUUGAAAUUCCACUCUAUGAGCCUCAGUGAAUGAAUCAAAUUCCAUUUGUUAAAUUCUUUAUACAAUGCCAAUAUUGCAGACAUACCAGAAAAUUCAACAUGAAAUAAAACUCAAGAAAGUACUUUAAAAAGACAUAUAUUCAGCUUAAUUCCAUGUGUGAAUUCAUCUAUACAAAUAUCAAGAGACUACAAAACUUUAAAAAGAGAUGACCUAUAAGCAAGAAAAGAUGCACAUGCUCAUAUACUGCUCAGAAAUCCCCAAGGGUGUGCUGGGGGAGCAUUCUGAAGUACUGAAAAAGAUGGUGAAAUAUUUAGUCCAAUUAUAAAGUACUAUAUCAGAAUAUUGAUACUAAAAACAGCAAGACUCAAAAAGUUUAGACUUUAGACAAGGUAACAUGUUACAAUGAGCAAAAACCAUACCAUUGCCUAAGUUUUUUGUGGAUUUUAUUAAAAGCAGAUACUCCUAUUCAACUAAUAGAGAAGUAUUGUUUGAGAACAUUUGGUAUUCUCAGUUUUGGAGUUUGGUAAAACGUGAACGCAAGUGGUUAGUUCAAUCUUGAGUUUAUUCAUGCUCUUGUUGGCCAAAGACGAUGUGAUAAUUUGUACUAAUUACUGAUGUUUUAGGGAUGAUUAAUCUGAUGCAGGAUACAGUGAAAAUUUAAUCUUCUGGUCUGGCUUUAGCAGUCUGUAGAAUUCAACCAACUCAACAGACACUUGGGAUGCCAAUGUUGGGUGUUCCCUAUAUCAAGACGCCUCUGCUUAAUGACAUUAGAUUAUUUUCCUAUGUAAUUCAGCAAAGAUUUCCAGGGGUCAGUUCAUAAACGUGUACAAUGAAGAUAUCUGACCUUGUACCCCUCAUACAAUAUUAUUUUCUUUGUUCUGUACUCAUUAAUACAAAGUUCUGGUGUAAGAUAGCAGCAACACCUGGGAAGCUGGGUAGAACAGGUCUGACAGCUACAGAGCUGUGGAGAAGGUAGUUUGCACAGAGUGGGACAAAUUAGGUAUCAGUGGAGCUGGGACAAUCACCUGAUCUGAGGAGUGAUAGGGAAAUGAAGCCUAGAUUUUGUGGGUUUGGAAAUUUCGGAAGCAAUUUCAUUUGUGCAAGUGGAUAGGAGCCAUGUUACCUGAACCAGGGCACGAUGUUCCAGAAAACCCUGCACUCCCAGAGGGACCUCUAAUAACACAGGUGUCAUCUCCAUAUCUUGUAGGGACAGGAAAGCUCCCCUCAGCUGAAGGACACCUUGUGUGGCUUCUGUAGGAGUUACAGUCAGGAGUGCAGUGGGGGAGCCGGAAGCCCAGUGGAGGUGAAGGACUGGGAAACAGGCAUGGGUAACCUAACCAGGGGUUUAACUAGUUUUUCUGCUGCUGUGCAGGACACUGACUGUCAAAUUCUGUUGUGGAUAUCCGCCCUUGUCUGUAAUGUUUAGACCAUAUGAAUUGGAGUUACUGGGAUUCUUUUCAUGUAUAUUGUGGUUGCCAGUAUAGUCACAGAAGAAUAAUCUGUAAUCAGGGUUCUCAUGCUAUUGUGGCAAUUACAGAGCUCCUGGAAUUUAAAUUCACCCACAAUUUCUAACUUUGCCAUUCUACUAGUUACCUAUUCAAGAGAGUGAAAUUUGUUUUUGUGACUAGUAUUCCAAUGGCUGCUUAGAAAUUCUCCCAUGAUGCUGGGUGGUAGUUAUGCAUACCUUUAGUCCCAAGCAGUUGAGAAACAGAUGCAGGUGUAUCUGAGUUUGAGGCUAGCUUGGACUACAGAGCGAGUUUCAGGACAGCUAGGGCUGUUACACAGAGAAAGCCUAUCUUGGAAACAGAAAAAAAAAGGAGGGGGGAGGGAGGGAGGGAGGGAAAAAAAAAGGAAAUUAUUCCCUGGAGAAUCCAGUGCAGAUUAGAUAGAAUCUGAGAAUCUGAAAAUACAGAAAAUAUAUUUUACCAAGCCCUACACCAAUAGUUGAAAACAUUAACAUUUACUAAAAAUUAUUAAUAAUUGUUUAUUUGCCUUCUGUGAUGUAUGAAUUAGAAUAUCUAAAUGCAGCAUUCAGAUAUUGUCUUCUUUAAGAACUCAUGAUGCCUUCUUAAUGUUACACCUUAGAGUGUGGGAAAAUGCAGAUUGUCGAUGCUGUGAGUAAAUAUCAAGCCACAUAUUUUACAGUUGUAAAUAAAUUACAUAUUAGGACAAAUUUCAAAAGUAUCUUUUAAAUAAUUCUGAUCACCCAGUGUGAGAGAAAAAUAGACUCUAAUUGUCUUUUGGUCCAGUAAAAAAAGUCUUCCCAUGUGUACAUGGACAAAUUGACUUGGUAUUGUUUGACUUUUGCUUUAUUUCAUUCAAUCACUCUGUUGCCCUAUCCUGCUCAGAACUCACCAUGUGGACCAAGCCUGGUCUUACAUGAAAAUUACUUGUCUCUAUCCCCUUAAUGCGUGAAUUAAAGCAGUGUACCAACACAGACACUCCCUAUUUUAAGUUGAAGAUCCAAUGACAUUCUAUUUUAUGGGUUUGUACUUCUCUCAGGAGGAAUGACAAUGCCUAUAUCUUGCUCAACAAACUUUGUAGAGACUGGAUGCUGCAGAAUUGCAGCAGUCUAGUUCUUGUGGUGGAAAAUAACUUCCCUGUAGUCUCCCUUGCUCGGGGGAAAUGCUGCAAGUGUAAGGACUGUGUUUGAAUAGGUCUCGCAUCUCUCAGAGGAGAAAAGUUCAUUGCAUGAUACUUUAUUUCUUCAUGUGUGUUCUGUUGGCCGGCAUAAAGCCUCUUUGUUCCAUGAUAAAUUCAGUAACUCGCUAGUGUAAAAUACUGUCAUCUCAGUCACUCAGUCCCAUGUCAGUCCUUAAGUUUUGAUUGAUCUGUGAUUAAAGGUGGUGGAAUUCACAUUAUAUUAACUGAAAAUGGUCCCUAUGUAUUUUCUUUGUUCUGAACCAAUGGCAGUUGUGAAUCAUUUGCAGAAUCCUCUAUUUUGUUUUCUCUUUAUCUACAGAGUACAGUACUGUGUUUAAAUCCACGUGUUUUCAGAAAAAUCCCUUUUUCAUAGUCUAGGCUUACUGAUAAACCUGCAAACCUGUGGUAUAGAACCAAGAGACCUGGAAGGUAGAAAGAAAUGCAUGAUAUAUCUUAGAGGAAGCCGAAGAGAUGGCUCAGUAGGUUAUAGCAUGUGCUGCUUUUCAAGAGGACAUAGUUCAGUUCUGAGCACUUGCAUUGUGGCUGAAAAUCAGGUCUGGAUAUCUGAUACUUUCUUUCAACCUCAGCAGGCAUCAAGCACAAAAACAGAGGAUAUGAAUAUAGAUAGAUAAGUGGUGCAAGACAUCAAUACCCAUAAGCAAAAAUUUAAAAAUCUAAUAUUUUUAAAAAACAAAAUGUGCAAAUGGGAAAGGAAAUCGUGUUUGCCACAUUGUUUUGGUUUUCUAGAAAUUAUUGUGGAAUAUUCUACUGUAAGUAAUAUUCAAGAUUAUUUUCUUGUAUAUGCUGUUUGAUUUCUAUGUAAGAAUACUAAUAAAAUAUAAUUUAUUUUGUGUUUGUGAACAAUGACAUCCCUAUUGUAUUUCUAUCAUUUGUAUGUUUAUUUUCAAUUUUAUAAAUUUCAUUUCUCUGAUGUUAGCAAGUUAUAAAAUUAGGAAAAAUUCUUCCCUUUAAGCUUGUUUCCUGAUCUCCUAACUU